AUGACUAACUAUGAGAGCCUACAGAACAUUAUGCCUAAGUCUCCUGAUGAGCUUAUCCAGGAGGGCAAAGACAUCAAGAGCAUCUCUGAGAUUGAGGAGACUGGAGACCACUUCAAGGUGACUGUCACCACGGGGACAAAGAUCCUCACCAACUCCUUCACCAUUGGCCAGGAGACAGAGCUCAGUCGCCGACCGGGAGAAAGUCAAUGGACUGGGCGCACAGUUGCGUCUCAAAACCAACUCACACACCUGAUGCACACUUCUGUGGUGAUGAGGGAAGGUAACAAGCUGACGGCCAUCCUGAAUGGGAUCGAAUAUGUCACAGAACUUACAGACUCAAACACCCUCGUCAACACAAUGACUCUGUCUGUCAUGUCAUACAAGAGGACCAGCAAACGAAUGUGAAGAUCUACUGCACUCUUUGGAUUAAUAAAAUGUGAAAGGCA